AAUCGCAAAUCCUUGUCCAGCUGCGCGUUCAAUCACUACACACAGGCACAAGCACCAACUCUUCGCCGCCGCAACCACCAGCAGCAGCAGAAGCAAUCAUGGGUCGCGUUCGCACAAAGACGGUGAAGAAGUCCUCCCGCCAGGUGAUCGAGAAGUACUACUCUCGCAUGACACUUGACUUCCACACCAACAAAAAGAUCCUCGAGGAGGUAGCGAUCAUUCCUUCCAAGCGCCUGCGCAACAAGAUCGCUGGCUUCUCCACCCACCUUAUGAAGCGGAUCCAGAAGGGUCCAGUUCGGGGAAUCUCUCUGAAGCUCCAAGAGGAGGAGCGCGAGAGGAGAAUGGACUUCGUCCCCGAUGAGUCCGCCAUUAAGACUGAUCACAUCGAGGUCGACAAGGAGACCAUGGACAUGCUUGCGGCUCUCGGUAUGUCUGAGAUUCCAGGUGUUGUUAAGGUGGAUCCCGUUGCCGCUCCUGUUCAAUCAAUGGGGUUCGGCCGUGGUGCAGGUGGAGUUGGCAGGAGGUACUAAAAAGCCUAUUUUGGUGUUGUGGGUCUUUAUAGGAUUUUGGAGAGGAUUCUUGCAUGCUUCGUUUUUCUUUUUUUUUUUUUUGCUUUAUGUUUCGAAAAUAUUUUAAUCUUAUGUUAAGCAAGGAUCUUUUUAGUCUUAAGUUUAUAUUUUUGUUGGAACUAUUUUGAUUUCUGAUAAAUGGGUAUUGUUAGUUUAAUUUUAUGAUUGUU